GCUACUUUGAGGACUGGUGGAGGCCACGGAAAGCCCAGGCUUUUGGAUAUUACGUUCUGACGUAUGACUCGCCGCAAGCCGAGGACGAGGAGGGGUCGCUGCCGCAUUUGGAGGGGUUCCACAGCAAGCUGCCACCCGGGAUCCUGCCUCAUGGUCUGCCGCAGGUGAAGGAGAUGGAGCCGGCCGUCACGCACGUCGAGCAGGAGGCCAAGAAAGAACCACCCAAGGCCGUGAGGGAGCUCAGCGAGGAAGAGAAACUGAUGAUCGUACUGUCGGAGGAGUUUCAACGAUUUGUGUACCACACAGCACCGAUAGUGGAGCGGGCCCUGGCCGAGGAUGUGGACAUCUACAAGGACUAUACUGGAGGCGCAGACAGAGAGGACACUGGAGAUGAGAAACACGGUUGCAAGCUGUCCCUGAGUCGCUGUUUCUCAGACGAGCGGUGGUCACGCAAUCGGUGCAUCACAUCAAUGGACUGGUCACCGCAACAUCCGGAACUGCUGUUGGCCAGUUACCAUACCAAUGCAGAGUCUCCCCAUGAUCCUGACGGCGUAUGUCUCGUCUGGAACACCAAAUUCAGGAAAACUACUCCAGAGUUUAUCUUCCAUUGUCAGUCAGCUGUAAUGUCUGCAACAUUCGCUAGGUUCCACCCCAACCUAAUUCUGGGGGGCACAUUCUCCGGCCAAGUGGUUCUGUGGGAUAAUAGGGUGCAGAAGAGGACACCCAUCCAGCGCACCCCACUUUCAGCUACUGCACACACGCAUCCAGUUUACUGCCUGAGUGUAGUCGGCACACAGAAUGCCCACAACCUCAUCUCAGUAUCCACAGAUGGCCGGUUGUGCUCAUGGUCCCUGGACAUGCUCUCACAGCCGCAGGAGAUACUGGAGCUGCAGCAUCGACAGAGCAAGGCCAUUGCUGCCAUGUGUCUGGCGUUCCCACAUAAUGACGUCAACAACUUUGUUGUUGGCAGUGAAGAGGGUGCUGUCUACUCAGCGUGUCGGCACGGCAGCAAGGCAGGAGUGACAGAGACAUAUGAGGGACAUCAGGCUCCAGUUACAGGAAUAGACACUCAUAAGGUCCAGGAGGGCAUCGACCUCUCCCACCUCUUCCUGACCUCCUCAUUCGACUGGACUAUUAAAUUGUGGAACCUCAAGGAGAACAAGCCGUUAUACUCGUUCGAGGACAAUGGUGACUAUGUUUGCGAUGUGGCCUGGUCGCCCACACACCCGGCACUGUUUGCGGCAGUGGAUGCUACAGGUCGUCUGGACCUAUGGAACCUCAAUAAUGACACUGAGGUGCCCACAGCCACUGCCAUCGUGGAGGGUAGUCGAGCGCUCAAUCAGGUGUCUUGGACUCCUAGCGGAAACCAAGUGACCUGUGGUGAUGACAUUGGUCGCAUCUGGCUUUACGAUGUCGGGGAGCAACUCUGUCAGCCGAGGAUGGAUGACUGGAACAAGAUGCUUGUAACUCUGCAAGAACUGAAGAACAAUCAGGCGGACGAGGAAAUGGACAAGUUGACCUUGUCUUCUUCAGGACCCAACAGCCUGGCUUCCAUUGUGUCUAGAUAGACUUGCAGAUAAUUGUUGUUGUGCAGUUAACAUGAAAGAAGAAGAAGCAAGCUGUAAAUAUCAGAAAAAUAUACUGUAACAAAAUAAAGUAUAUGCCUACUUUUAUUAGCUUUUAUGUAAACUUAAUUGUAU